AUGCUACAUGAUACUAGGUCUCGUCCUCUUCCCCCCAGUUCAGACAUUCCUCCUCCACCUAGCUCUCCUGGGGCAGAUCUAACUGUGAAAUCAUCACCUUCUCGUCCUUGCAGCCCCCAUAGCUUGCUCCAGCAUGCCCCGCAAUCAUAUUCCUCAAAUACUUCUACAUGGACUCCAGCUGCCCCAUCCAGCUCUCAGAUGUUUGUGCCACCGGCAACGUCCAACCCCAUCAAUUUCUAUGACCCUCAAAUUGGCUACAAAGAUUAUGAGCUUGAUAAUGAGCAUCUGGAUUCUUACGAGCCAGAACCCUUGGAACCCUUUCCAGAGGAACUUGAGGACAAUUAUGCUGAAUAUAAUAGCAGUUGGUACCCGCCAUCACAGGCCCUUCUCACUAACGAGCCUAGCUCCUUUGCUAGCGGCUCGUCCUACCAUUUUCCACCACCCCCUCAGCAUCAACCACCACCCCUUUCAAUUCAACCACUGCCUUCCUCUCAGCAUCAACCGCCGCCACCUUCGCUUCAACCACCUUUUUCCUUCCAGUACCAACUACUGUCUUCCUCCCAGCAUCAACCACCACAACCACUUUCAUUUCAGCCCUCUCAAUAUCAACCAACAGUGUUGUCUCAUCCACCAGCGUCAUCUCAUCCAGAUUUUCAAGCUGGAUCCUCAUCUCAACCCCACCUGGAGAAGAGAAGAGGUGAGCGUCAAAGUGAAAGAGGCGGCUAUGUACACUGUGUAAUAAUGGGAAUGGGUGAACCUCACAACCUAACUGCAGAAUUUUGUGAAAAGAAUCCUCCCGCUCGAUUACCUUCCAUGUCCAUAUCUUCAGACAAUGUGGGUUUGGAUCAUCGUAAUCCAAGCCCGGCUACUCGUAAAGGAAAAUGCAGGAGGGUUGACCACAGCAAAGUGACGAGGAUACCUGUGGACAUCUUAGAAGAUAUCAAGACUGACUUUUCUCUAUAUAUGCUCAAGACAGAUGUUAUGCCCGAGGAACAUGACACUGUAGCUGAGGCUGUGGUGGACAAGAUACUAUCUCAACAAACAUUCCUCGACCAAGAGGCACAAAGACCGCCCCAGACGACAUGA